AUGGAAGUCGACACAGCGGCGGAAACAAAGAAGCGCUUCGAAGUGAAAAAAUGGAACGCUGUAGCGCUCUGGGCUUGGGACAUUGUCGUCGACAACUGCGCCAUCUGCCGAAACCACAUCAUGGACUUGUGCAUCGAAUGCCAGGCACAGCAGUCUUCCUCCACCUCGGAGGAGUGCAACGUCGCGUGGGGCGUCUGCAACCACGCCUUCCACUUUCACUGCAUUAGUCGAUGGCUCAAGACGAUGGAAGUGCUGUCGAAACAAGGAUGGGGGAUAUCAAACGAUGGUUUUGAGUAUUUGAAAUCGGUUCAGGACGAUGAGGAAGAAAAUAUUCCACUUUAUGAUCUUGCUCUUGAUACAGAUUUGUCAAAAAUCACGUCCGCGCCAAUCACCGACGAAAUGAAAAAGAAUCUUCAACAUCCAACGCCGCUUAUUCUUCAAGUCAAGGCGGUCAAAAAUGUUGGCGCUCCUUCAAUCAGCCAGCAUAACAACUCAAACCCGCGCUUUUUACAAGUUAUCUUGACGGAUGGAAGAUCAUCAUUCCAACUGGUCGAACUCAGAAAAACAUCCAAAUUUACAGUCGAAACGUGGCCUGGAACAAAAGUCCGCUUGACCGGAAAACUUGCUCAAUCAGGAAGCUAUCUCGAAAUCGACGACUCCAAGAUCGAAAUCCUCGGUGGCGAAGUCGAUGCCCUAAUCGAAAAAUGGCUUGUAGAUAAAGACUCUCAAAACUCCGAAUUCCGCGUCAAGACCUUCGAACAAGGCGGACCUCCUGUCUUCAUCCCCUUCGAAAAACGAAACGCUAAGCAGAAUAGAAACAAAAUUGGAACUGAAGAUCUCAGCGGAAAGAAAGUCUUCAACAAAGAAGAAGAGUCAGAUUCAGAGGGAGAAUUCGAAGAACAGAGGGCCAAAGAUUUGGCAAAAAUUGAAACCGCGCGAUUGAAAUUUGCCACCAGCAGGAGCCUAGGAGUUUUGCCCAAUAAUCAGCGGAGAGAUCGAGAAAGCAGAUACAAUCGCAAUUCCUCCUCUCAUCAUUCAUCCAACACCGAUUCACCAGCUCCAACUCCAGCACCAACUGCUUCAAAGAAACCCGACGCUCCUAAAAGCUCCUAUUACAAGGCCUUACCUACCGCCAGUGGACUCGAACUAGAUAAGGCUAAAGUGAAGCUUCUUGUUGAAAUGGGAUUUCAGCAAGCAGAUUGUAUUCAAGCAAUGCAAGAGGCGGACAACGAUUUGGAACUGGCGCUUGAUGGGCUUCAAAGCUUGAGCUUAUCAGCCAAGAGCCAUUCUAGAGAUGAAAGAUCGACCAGGGGAAAAGGCGGAAAACGAGGCAGACGCGGAAGAAAUAACUACGAAGAAGAGGAAAAAGCUCGUCCACAAGGAUCGUUGAUGGAUUUCAUUGGAGGCGAUCUUCCUCAGAGCUCGACUGUUUCCGCUCCCUCUCCAAGAGCUCGCGAAAUGACCGAGGCGGUCAUCACCGAGGAAAUCAUCAAGGUAAUCGACGAGGAGGAAAUCGGGAUCAUCAUCAUCGAGCGGAUCGAGGCGGUCACGGCGAGAAUGAUCACAGACGAAACGAAACAAGCUCUCGAGGCAAUCAUGAUCGACAAGGAUCGAGAAAUGACCGAGGUGGUCCUCCUCGCGGACGUGGAAGAGGCUCUCAGAGUUAUCAUGGCGACAGAAACGCUGAUCAUUCCAGUGGAAGAGGUCGAGGAAGCUCAAGAGGGCAAUCACGCGGACGAGGAGGCGGUCAUCGAGGUGGACGAGGAAGCGAGUUUGAAAGAGCUGAAAUUCGCCGACUUGAGGAAGCAAGGAGGAGUGCCGUUUAUGCGCUUCAUGGCAGUUUAUGGCUUUUGCGAUGGAGUUGUGUUUCUGAGCGGAAUGAUGAUGUUGAAAGAUUAUGCCGAUGCAUACACAUGUUAUAAAAUCAUUACAAAGCCAGCUCAAGUGGUCGCAAAUCUUCUGUCCGAAAACGACACCGAAGAGUGCCUGACGAAAGAAGAAUUCAACUCAAAAUACAUCGAUCCGUUCAUGGAGCGGGCGAGAAAGAUGCUUCCCAAAAAGACACUCGAUUAUUUGAUAGCAGCAGCAAUCAUGAUCGGUCUCAAACAAGUUUAUAGAAUGGGCAACUUGGUUCUUGCUUAUCAUAUUUAUGAAUCAAAGUCUUUCAACCGCGUCUUUCCGAAAAAUGUCAAAUAUGCUGCCUUCCGACCUUGGGUGCUCGUACUUGUUCCACUGACGAUGCUCUUUUCAAUUACUCAUGAUUUUCUGUAA